AAAUUCUAUGGAUAUGUAUACUAAUCUAAUUGGUUACAUGACUUUUUUUUAUUAGCAAGUUAUUGUUAAUUUUUCAAUUGAAAAUUAUAUAAUUUUAAUAUAAUUUCUUAGCAUUUUAUAUUUUUGCAUUUGAAUUUCAAUAAUUAUAUACAAUGGUGAAGCACUUUGUUUGGGUUUGGAUUGUUUCAAUAAAUGUGGAGAUUAGGCUUGUUAUAAAUAAGUCUAUACUUGGUAUUUCUAAUACCUUCCUCAUAAUCAAAGGAGAGAGAGAGAGGAAAACAAAACUCUAGAGUGUGAACCUUAAUUAUUUGUCACUAUAUAGCAUCUAGUUUAAGCAACAUUGUGAUAUCAGGACAGUUUAUUUCUCUUCCAAGUAUGUCAUCUUGGUUCUUAUUUGGAUGAUUGAAUUGAUCUUUACCGAGUUUAUCUUUUCAAAGUUGAUAUUUUUUCCGGUUGAACAGACUGGGUUUCAUUUUGUCAAGUGAAAUGAUAUCUGGUGCUUGCUAGUGUUUGGGAUCGUAUGUUGACUGACUUGUACAUAUUUAAACUUCAGAAAUUUACAAACUUGCGACCUGACAUGCGAUUUAGAUUUUUUCAACAUCAGGAAUAAUUUGGAAACAAGAAGGUCAACCGAGAAAUUUGAUAAUGAUUGGGGAAUAGAAAAUAUUAAUAAAUAACUUUGCUAGAAAAAUUCUUUGCAAUUAAGUUGCUCAAACAACUCUUUAUGGUGCUUGUGACUUUUACUAGUUAUGGCAUUGCAUCUGUUAAUAGUUUUACGAAUUGAGAAUGCAAGUAGUGAUUGACAAUAGUUGUACAAGUUAUGCGACAUUGAUGCGAAAAAAAUAAAUCAUGAUUUUCUAAUUUGAAACUUCUUUUAUUCAAAUGCGAUUAUAAAAUUGACAAGAAUAGAAUUCUCAAUAACCAUUGCCACUUUAUGUAUGAUGUUUUAUCUAAUGCUCCGGAUUUAGUUGGUGAGGGUGGUGAAUGAGAUCUCACAUUGCCGGUUUAAAAUGAAUUCUUUUGUGGUGCAUUUGGAGGGAAAGGAACGACAGGAGCUUUGAAGAUCGGGAAUGCUUAAUAUAAGAACUCAUAAACUUCUUUUUAAAACAUUAUUUCUUUGAGCUAUAGUUGUAUAUUUUAAUGUAGUCAGUUUUCAUGAAUUCCUUGUACUUUUCCUCAUUAGGUGUUUUCUCUUGUUUAUAUUCUGUGUACUUGGGGUAUGCAAACUUUUUAUGAUGAAGGGAUGCGAUUGUCCUGCCUCUUUCUAUGUUCUGAUAAAAUUUGCUUCUUAAAAAAGAUUCCAAGGGCUCCCAUUGUAACCUUGAACAAUCCUUUUGGAUUUUAAAUCCAUAUGUGCCUUGAGUUUUCCUUGGAUCGUAAAAAAUGAAGCCCUUGGAAUUCUUAUAAAGUGCAAUAACUUCUUGCCCCCACAAUUUCAAGAUUUUCAAGAUUUCUCCUAUCUCCAACCAGAAGUAUGGGAUUUAAGCAGUGCUAUUCACAAUGUUAUGGCUUUGUCAAGAAUUAAAGGUAGGGGAGAUUGUACUUGUAAUUUCCCAAAUUUUGUAUAAGGGUGGCAAAUGGAAUGAUACAUAAUAUUUCAAUUCAUUGGGCUGAUUUGGACUGGGGAGAAUGGGGAGUAGAUCUCUAAUAUGCACUUCGAGCUUGAAAGAUUGCACAACUAGUUGGAAUCCUUCAUUUGCCUUCUUCUUUACCCCCUGAAAUCUCAUCCUUCCUUAAUAUGUGGAAGUAUUUGUUUCAGCAGCAUUGGCAUCACAUCCACAUUACGUCUCUGGUACUAUGGCAGAAGGGAUCUCCAGCUGCACCAUGGACUAUUUCAUAUAUUAGAGGUGAGUUGGGGCGUAAUCAGUGAGAUCAGAAUCAUCAUAUGGCGUUACAAAUCUUAGUCUAAAAUCAUGGAAGUGCUUCCUUAUUCUGGUGUCCAAUAUGUUGGAGAAUCUGAUUGUGCCCCGCAGAGUUCAGGAACGACUUUUACUCAUGAUAAUGAAUCUAACUGCCUCGAGCAUGGAAAGCAAGUUCAAGUGGCAGAUGGUCGACAGGAUGACUUAUUGCUAAAUGUGGAAGGAUCUCGAGUAGCAAAAAAAGAUGAAGUUCUUGGGACAUUUGAUGAAUUGCCUUCUCCAGAAGGCCACUGCUGUGGAGCUCCAUAUUGUGAUUUUCAGUUGGAGGGUCAAAAUUUAUCUUGUGGUUCCCAUGAUUUUGAAGUUGAUGAUGUAAAUGCACAGAAUCGUAGCUUGAAACCUUGCAGAGUCUCUGAGAGCUCUCAUAUAAUUGUGCAUACCAUUGAAGGUGAAUUGCCAAACAACAGGGAGGAGGAGUUCUCUCUUUCAGAUCCCACGUGGUUAGAAGGGGAUGAAUCAGUGGCACUGUGGGUCAAGUGGAGAGGAAAGUGGCAAGCAGGAAUCAGAUGCUCGAGGGCUGACUGGCCAUUGGCUACUUUAAAAGCAAAACCAACACAUGACAGAAAGAAGUAUUUGGUGAUAUUUUUUCCACACACAAGAAAUUAUUCAUGGGCAGAUAUGCUACUUGUCCGUCCAAUAGAUGAAUUUCCUCAGCCUAUUGCAUAUAAGACAUAUAAGGUAGGAUUAAAAAUGGUUAAAGAUUUAACUGUUGCACGCCGAUUUAUUAUGCAAAAGCUGGCUGUUGGCAUGCUGAAUAUCGUUGACCAUUUUCAUGCUGAGGCUUUGAUAGAGACUGCUCGCGAUGUGAGGAUCUGGAAGGAGUUUGCUAUGGAGGCGUCUCGUUGUAACUGUUAUUCUGAACUUGGAAGAAUGCUUUUGAAGCUGCAGAAGAUGAUACUUCAGCAUUACAUAAAUUCUUACUGGCUACAACAUGAUUUUCACUCUUGGGCGCAAGGAUGUGAGAAUGCACAUAGUGCUGAAUCCAUUGAAAAGCUAAAGGAGGAUUUGUUUGAUUUUAUUUUGUGGAAAGAAGUCAACUCUCUCUGGGAUUCACCUGUGCAACCCACAUUGGGUUCUGAGUGGAAAACCUGGAAGCAUGAAGUUAUGAAAUGGUUUUCGACAGCUCAUCCAGUAUCCAGUGCCAGAGACGUGCAGCUGCAAACAAGUGAUGAUCUCUUGAACACAAAUCUCCAACUUAGCAAGAAGAGGCCAAAGCUUGAAGUACGUCGUGCAGAGCCACAUGCUUUUGCGGUGGAAACACUUGUAUCUGAUCAAGCAAUAACUCUUGAGAUUGACUCUGCAUAUUUUAAUGGUCAAGAUGCUACAGGUGCUGCUACAUCGGCAUUACAACACUGUAAAGGGGACGAGAUAAAGGAGGUAGCUGCUCCUACAGGUACACCUAGUUGUGUGGUUAAUAAAUGGGAGAACAUUGUAGUUGAACCUGAAAAUUAUGAGUUAAUUCAAACCAAAGAUAUGGAGUUGACACCUGUGAAUGAAGUGGCUGCUACUGAAUCCUUGGAACCUGGGAGUAAGAACCGACAAUGCAUCGCUUUUAUAGAAGCUAAGGGAAGGCAAUGUGUGAGGUGGGCAAACGAUGGUGAUGUUUACUGCUGUGUGCAUUUGUCUUCUCGGUUCAUAGGUAGCUCUGCUCGAGCAGAAAGACCUGCCUCGGUUGGUACCCCGAUGUGUGAAGGUACCACUGUUCUUGGUACUAGGUGUAAGCAUCGGUCUCUAUAUGGCUCCUCAUUCUGUAAGAAACACAGACCUCAAAAUGAAUCAAAAGGGAAAUUAAACUUCCCAGAGAUGGUUAAGAGAAAGCAUAAGGAGGACCUUCCCAGUUCAGAAACGACAGAACGCAAAGAAAUGGCUUAUGUGGGAGAAGUUGAAAAUCCCCUUCAAGUGGAUCCAAUCUCAGUCAUGGCAGUUGAUGCCUUCCAUGGAAGGAACAGCUUAACUGAAAAGCCUGAGCAUCCUGGCAAGGAUUGCAAUGGAACGGAGAAGCUGCACUGCAUAAGCUACUACCUGCCCAAUAAUCUCAACCCAUGUCUGGAAAGUCCAAGGCACCAUUCAUUAUACUGUGAGAAACACCUUCCAAGCUGGCUUAAACGUGCAAGGAAUGGUAAGGAUAGAAUUAUUUCAAAAGAAGUGUUCGCAGAUCUUUUGAGGAAAUGUUGUUCACAGGAGCAAAGGUUGAGGUUGCAUCAAGCGUGUGAGCUUUUCUACAAGCUCUUUAAAAGUAUUUUAUCCCUGAGAAACCCAGUGCCUAGGGAGGUUCAAUUUCAGUGGGCCAUAUCUGAAGCCUCUAAAGAUUUUAGUGUUGGCAAUUUCUUUACAAAGUUGGUUUACCGUGAGAUAGAGAGACUUAGAAAUAUUUGGGACUUCAGUUCUGAUGAAAUUGCGCGAGUUUCCACCUCUGUCAUGGAAGAACAGGUGGUGUUGCCAAUGGCAGUCGAUGAUAGUAAUGAUGAUGAAAAGGCUAUUAGGUGCAAAAUCUGCUCAGAGGAGUUUCUUGACAAUGAAGCACUUGGUAGCCACUGGAUGGACAUUCAUAAAAAGGAAGCACAAUGGCUGUUCAGGGGCUAUGCUUGUGCCAUCUGCCUUGAUUCCUUUACUAAUAAGAAAGUCCUGGAAACACAUGUGCAAGAGAGACACCAUGUGGAAUUUGUGGAACAAUGCAUGCUUCUCCAGUGUAUUCCUUGUGGAAGCCAUUUUGGGAACACUGAAGAGUUAUGGUUGCAUGUCCUUUCAGUUCAUCCUGUUGAUUUCAUGCCAUUAAAAGCUGGUCAACAGCAUAAUCUGCCUGCUGGUGAGGAUUCUCCGCAGAAAUCUGAGCUCUGCAAUACAGCUACUGUGGAGAAUAACACUCAGAAUCUAGGGUGUUUCCGAAAGUUUAUUUGCAGGUUUUGUGGGUUGAAGUUUGAUUUACUACCUGAUCUUGGCCGUCACCAUCAAGCUGCUCAUAUGGGGCCAAGUUUGGUCAGCUCUCACCACUCAAGGAGGGGGAUACGUUAUUAUGCUUGUAGAUUGAAAUCUGGAAGACUCAGCCGUCCUAGAUUUAAAAAAGGUCUAGCAGCAGCAUCAUAUAGAAUCAGGAACAGAGCCAAUGCCAGUAUGAAGAAACGCAUUCAAGCAUCAAAGUCACUAAGCACUGUAGGGGUAACUUUACAGCCUCAUGUAACUGAGACAGCAAGUCUUGGUAGAUUGACAGAAUCCCACUGCUCUGCAGUUGCAAAGAUUUUGUUUUCUGAAUCUCAGAAAACCAAACCUCGGCCUAACAACCUUGAUAUUUUAUCUACCGCUCGUUCUGCUUGCUGCAAGGUCAGUCUUGUAGCAUCCCUGGAAGGGAAGUAUGGUGUAUUGCCAGAACAUUUGUAUCUGAAGGCAGCCAAGCUCUGCAGUGAGCAUAACAUUCAAGUUGACUGGCACCAAGAGGGGUUUAUAUGUCCUAAAGGUUGUAAGGCGUUCAAGGACCCAAACUCGCUGUCUCCGCUGUUGCCUUUACCUUUUCCAUGUGACUCUGUAAGGUACGGAGCUGCACAUCAAUUAGAUCCAGUUAAUGAUGAGUGGGAGGUGGACGAGUGUCAUUAUAUCAUUGACUGCCACCAUUUGGGACAGAAGUCCAUGCAAAAGGCAGCUGUCUUGUGUAAUGAUAUAAGCUUUGGGCAGGAACCAGUUCCAGUGGCCUGCAUUGCCAAUGAGGGUGUCUCGGAUUCUAUACACAUCCGCAAAGAUGGCUCUGAUUGCCCAAAUGUGAUGCCUUGGGAAAGCUUCACAUAUGUCAUGAAGCUGUUUCUUGAUCAAUCUGCUGGUCGCGAUACAGAGAGCCUACAAUUGGGUUGUGCCUGCCCAUAUUCAACAUGCUAUCCUGAAGCAUGUGAUCAUGUAUAUCUCUUUGAUAAUGACUAUGAUGAGGCAAAAGACAUUUAUGGGAAACUCAUGCGUGACAGGUUCCCUUAUGAUGAGAAAGGCCGGAUCAUCUUGGAGGAGGGUUACCUUGUUUAUGAAUGCAAUCAUAUGUGCAGUUGCAGUAGAACCUGUCGUAAUAGGGUUUUACAGAAUGGAGUAAGAGUGAAGCUGGAAGUCUUCAAAACGGAGGAAAAGGGAUGGGGACUCAGGGCAGGUGAAGCAAUCCUGCGUGGCACAUUUGUAUGUGAGUACAUUGGGGAGCUCUUGGAUGAGAAGGAAGCAAACAAGAGGCAGCACAGGUAUAGGAAAGAGGGUUGUGGCUAUCUGUAUGACAUUGAUGCUCAUUUCAAUGAUGUGAGCAGAUUGAUUGAAGGACAGGUCCGAUAUGUGAUUGAUGCAACAAAAUAUGGAAAUGUUUCCCGGUUCAUCAAUCACAGCUGCUUGCCAAAUCUUGUGAGUUACCAGGUUCUUGUGGAAAGCAUGGAUAGUCAGCGUGCACACAUAGGUCUUUAUGCAAGUCGAGAUAUAGCUUUGGGCGAGGAAUUGACAUUCAACUAUCGGUAUGAGCUGCUCCCUGGAGAAGGAUAUCCAUGUCACUGUGGAGCUUCCAACUGUCGGGGCCGCCUUUAUUAAAACUUCAAUGUGCUCUGCCAAUCCAAUCUAGACAAUCAUCCUGUGCCUAAAAUUCUAUUGCUGGGGAAUGGGAGAAUCUGAGAUGGGAACAUCAAUCCAAUUACCAACUGGUCCACUCUCCAACAUUCUUUUUGAGGUUUUGUCUUAACUUCUGAUCCUGCACAACAUGGAUUCCAAGCUUUCCCUUUUGUAGAUAAUAGCUUAAGCAAAUUAUUUAUUCCCCCCCCCCCCCCCCCCCCCCCCUCUCCCUGUAGAUCGUACGUAUGUUGUAUACAUCUUUCUAUGUAUGAACGAGGAUGACACCUCAUUUUGUUUU